AUGGCUGGAGGGAAUGAUCAGUUUGAAGACAUGCUGCCAUUGAUGGCCGAGAGGUUGGGAGGUGAGGGGCUGAUUGGGGAGCUCUGCAAAGGGUUUGGUCUGCUGAUGGAUAGGGAAAAGGGGGUGAUCACAUUUGAGAGUUUGAAGAAGAACUCAGCUCUCUUGGGGCUGCAGGAUCUCGGGGACGAGGAGCUCGAGGGGAUGCUGAGGGAGGGCGAUCUCGACCGGGAUGGCGCCCUCGACCAGAUGGAGUUUUGUGUGCUCAUGUUCAGGUUGAGCCCUCAGCUCAUGGACCAGUCUGAGGCCUUGCUUGAGUAUGCUUUAGAGCAUGAGUUUGGAUGGAAUUGAUUUUUUAUUUUUUUUUUUGGCAUUUGUUGAGUUAGGGGGGGCUCGGGCCCGGAUCUUGCGUUGCAAAUCGUGUUUCAUCGUCUGUUUCGUUGUUGUUGUUGAUGCGGAGACUACGAGAUGUAGCGUGAUUUGUGAUAAUGGAUGGUCCGUGAAUAAUUUGUGUAUAUAGAUCAAGCAUAAAUGACAUUAGGCCUCUCAAAGUCGUGUAAAUUGAUUAUUUUGUAAUGACAAUAAUGGAAGCUUUGUUGAA